GUCUGGGCUGAGCGCCGCGACGCCGCGCCGGAAACCCUCCCGGGUCUUGAGGCGUAUGGAACCUCAAGGUCUUUAUGACAAUGGAAACCAAAAAGUUGAUUGGCAAACCGCUUCAACCAGCAAGACCUGUUCGUCAUCUCUCUUCUCCUCCAGGACCAGUGUUCCCUUUUAACUUUCAGAAUGAAUAUCCAUGUAACACUCAGUGCUUACAAAGUGGAGUUGGCAGAUGCAAGACGAAUGGAAUGCAAGCCUUUUCUCAAGGUCUGAACGAGCAGCAGCAGCACCAGUCUCCAGUUAAGAAAGAGAGAAUUAAAUACAGCAGAGAUUUCUUGUUGAAGCUUUCAAGUGUUUCCAUCUGCAGAAAAAAACCAGACUUUCUGCCUGAUCAUCCUAUUGUACUUCAAAACCCAGAAAACAACCAAAGUUUUAAGUAGCUUUUAAGAACAGAUGAAUUUGAAGAUAAAGAAUUAUUCAUAUUAUAUUUUGGACACCUGCAAAUGAAGUGAACCUAGUAACAAUAACUGAUGGACUGACGAUUCAAUUUAUUUUUACUUUUGAUGGUUGGCUAUUUGGCUUCUCAUAAAAUGAGGAAGAGAUAUUGUAAACUAUAAUUUUUCUAAUCAGUUUCAGCUUUGCAGGCAGUUCCUGCAGAAAUUGGGAGGUGGCCCUGGAAGGUGGGGUGCUGUGGGCGAGGUGGGAGACGACUGUAAUCUGCAUGCUACUUGCAGCUCUUGUUUUUCACCACUUGUAAUAAUGGAAUGGAAAUGUAAGCUGUAAAGAUUCUCAGAUAUAAACUAUUUGCUACAGUGUA